AGAAAAGAUACUUUAGGAAGAUUUACAUUGCUUAUGCUUUUGGUGAUACACCUCAUUAUACUUCUGUUGUCGUUAUCACUACCAACAAGCUUAUUAGUUGACGCUCGCAAACCUAAAUCUGUGAAAAGGGACUCUAUCCUACCCACACCUUUUCUGACAUUCUCUCUUAUCAAAUUAAUAUGUAACUCUAACUGAUAACAACGACCCUUUAAGCAUAAUUACAGUCAAAAGGAUUAAGCCUUCACGUCUUCUGUAGACUGCAACGACUAUUUGAACGUUGUCAAAGCAAAUAAAGUGUAUUUUGUUAUGGAUA